AUGCAAGAAGAGCUCAACGUAAAUCGUAAGAGGCAGCCACGGUUUACUCUUGGUGGAAACCGUUGGAAGCAGCCACGAUUUAUGAAGACAAAUGUGCAUAAAACAUGGUUAGCAGCAACGGUUUAUGAAGGGGUUCGAAUAGGCAUAAACCAUUAUGUGAAGAACAGCAUCUUGCAGAAACUUGGGGUAUUUGGAAGCAAGUGGGUGAAGAAGCUAUUCUACAAGAUUUUCAUCGCAGUGGUCUCGACCGGUGUUAAGUAUGAUACGUUUGUGCUAGCGGCUGAUGAAGAUAUUAGGGUUCUGUUUCAUUGUGUUAGGAGCUUUCCGGAGGUCAUAAUACACGAGUUGUUCGCGAAGUUGGAGGUUGGUGUCGAUAGUUCUGGGGCAUCAGCUCCAGUUCAUAGCUCGACUGCCACGGGCGGUGCGUCUAGUUCGAUGCCUGCGGCCCGACCACCUGUUCCGCAGAUCGCAUCCCCUUCCUUCGCGGCUGAUUUAGAACGAACGGAGGCAGCAUUUGAGGCGGAUACAGGUGAUGGCAUAAUUCUUCAUGAAGAUCAAGGCUUUGGGGAACCUGAUCGAGUAGAGAAUGCAAUACGGGACGAUGACUCUGACCAUGAACCUGUAGAUAUCAUUGGGGACAGUGAUGAUGACACAGGUACUAAUCCACAUGCACAACACGGGCCUUCAAGUUAUGGCACACAGCAAUACCCUCCACACUUCUCCACUCUAAACUUGGAGGCUUUGGGUCAACAGGCGGACGGAGGUGCUACAAUUGGAGGUUCUUCUACAGAAUUUCAGGUUGGGCAAUCGUUCCAGAAUAAAGAUGAAGCUGUUCUGAGUGUGAAGGACUAUAGCAUCCGUCGUGGUGUUAAGUACCGAGUCUUGGAAUCGGAUCAUCUGAAGUAUCAUGGAAAAUGCAAGGAGUUUGGCAAGGGUUGUACUUGGUUGAUUCACAUAUCGCUUCGUGCACGAAAGGGCACUUGGGAGGUUAGGAGGUACAACGGUCCCCACACUUGCUUGGCCACCUCUAUUUCCAGUGAUCACCGUCAGCUUGAUUACCACGUCAUCUGUGCGAGGAUUUUUCCGUUGGUUAGGGCAAAUGCUGCGGUUACGAUAAAGGUCUUGCAACAAGCAACAGAAGCUGAUUAUGGGUUCAGGCCUAGUUACAGGAAUGUUUGGAUGGCAAAACAAAAGGUAGUCGCACAAAUAUAUGGAGACUGGGAAGAGUCGUAUGCCAAGUUGCCACGUUGGAUGCUAGGGGUACAGUUGACCAUGGCCGGAACAGUGACUGUGUUGAAGACCUUUCCUGUUCGAGUUGGGGAUCAGGUCGAUGAGUCUACGGUGUACUUUCAUCGUCUUUUCUGGAUAUUUCCACCCUGCAUCGAGGCCUUCCGGCAUUGCAAGCCGCUUGUGAGUAUUGACGGUACCCACUUGCAUGGCAAGUAUGGAGUUCUAUUAUUGGUUUGA